AUGGGCUUGAACUCUGACAAAUGGCUCGAACGCCUGCGCUUCAAUGGGAUGCUCCUUGCUAGUGUGUCGUAUGGCAUAUUCCUCUUGCUCACAAUCCAAGCGUCCAUCGCGCUAUACCGACAACAUGCCAAAAUCACGACCACCAACAAGAUCCUGCUGGCUUACGUAGCCAUCACGUUCGUCCUCGCUACUCUCGGAUUCGCUGGGAAUGCGAGUUAUACGCAGACCGUCUGGGUGGAGGAUCGAAACGAGCCUGGUGGACCGCCGCUGCUGCUCGAGUUGGAGUUGGAUCAUUGGAUAAACCAAAUGGCGCUCGCCUGCUACUACGUCAUGGAAUGGUUUAUGGAGGCGCUGUUGCUCCAUCGGUGCUUCAUCAUCUGGAACCAGCACAUCAUUGUAGUGUGCACGAUGACGACACUCUUUCUCGCUACUAUCGCCAUGUCUGUUUUGGUCUUGGUGGACUCGAGAGGCGCCAUAUUCUAUAAUAUCGACGUUCAGCUCGCAUAUCUGUGCAUAGCAGUUGGUAUGAACAUCCUCUACACGAUACUCGUCGGGGGAAGGAUCCUCGUCGUACGCAACCAAGUACGGAAGUUCGUGGGCAAAGAGCAUGCGGCCUUCCUCACGUCGGCUUUUGCUAUGGUCAUCGAGUCCGCCGCAAUGUACUCCGUGUUGGGCGUGCUAUAUAUUGCCUCUUUCGCGGCACAUUCGAACCUAUCAAAUCUCAUCUUCCUAGACAUCAGCCACGUUCAAGGGAUUGCGCAGCUCUUGAUCAUCCUCCGAGUCGCUGAAGGUCGCGCAUACACUCGUGAAAUAACGAGCCAGUUGCCUCGCAUGGAAUUCAGCUCAAGGCAUACAACGACCGGUUUCGAAUCGGAGCCAAGCAACGAGACGUCCACGGUGAUGGGCACCAUCUCCACGCUGGGUCCCCGUAAAACAAGAUCGAAUCUCCAAAUACGAGACAAGGACGAAGAGUCGCAGGAUGAAGGCGCUUCCUCCACAUGA